CUUCAUUCAACUUAUUCCUCCUGGCACGUGUAGAGGCGCGUUCGUUUCUUCAUUUCGCCAUCCUAAUUCACCACCAAAACUCACCACCAAAAAAAGCCAUUCUCGACCUCCAACAGCUCGAUUCCUUUACCAACGACAUAGACGGAAAAGGCUUUGUAACGUAUAUUGCCGGGGUACGUAAGCUCCGUGCAGUGCAAGCUUUUAGUAGCUACAAUUAUCGUAGACCUCCGGGAUUACUAUUUAAAAUUAUAUUCUGAGGAAUUACUUGAUAUAAGAGUAACUCCAGUCUAAUUAGACAAUUACUUACUCCAUGAAUGGAGCUCGUGACUUUUCCGGUCUAAACGAUCGGAAUAAACCCCUUCAAAAUGAUGGAAACGUGGACAAUCGAAACGUAUUUGCCGCAGAUUAUAAUAAUCAUAGAAUGCCAGAGAUGACCCUUCCUCUUCCAUCUAAUUAUGACUCGCGAAUAAUGGGGUUCUAUCCAGCCUAUAAUCAAAACCAAGCUUACAUGCAACCACACGCUGGAUUUGCGAAUCAGAUGCACACUGAGUAUGGUUAUUUUCAACCUCAUGUGAACAAUCUGUUGUCCAACGAUGCUUCGAUGCAUCAUACGGGUCAGUACUUGCAGCCUUCCGUUAUGGAGGUCGAUUACAGACAGCAACCUCCUCGUCAAUCGUAUCCGUAUCAGCCGCCGACAAUAUCCAACUUCCAACAUGCUUCCCUUCCCUUCUACUCCUCCAAUACAAAUGCUGCUGAAUACGCCAAUGCUGCUCGUUCUUUAAAUCCUAUUCAGAACCCUGUCACUCUCCCUCCUCUCACACAUAAGGAGUAUCCUCCGUCUUAUUAUCAGCCUUAUGUUCAGAAUAAUAUGUCUGCUGAAGAGACGCAAAAUGUCUUAAAUCGGCAGCCUCCGCAGAUGCAUGCUGGCACGCCAAUGCUCGUGGAGACUACUCCUUCCUACGCGUCUUCGCCGAAUAUGCAGCCUGCUGUGCUUAACCAAACUGUUGCCGAUGUUCCUUCUGUAGCCCCUUCAUCAAGUCAAAAACUCCCUCUUAAAACCCCUGUGAAGCCGAAGGCACCAUUAAGUCCGGCCGAGCGUCUUCGCCAUGAAUUGAACGAGUGUCUGGACCCUUUUAACACCAGUCGUGCGCCUAGAGAUUGUGCGGCUGUUUUGGUUAAUUUUAUGGGAUCUAUUGAAACUGAUGAACAAAAACUAAUUUUCUUGGAAAUAACCAGAGAUAAGGGCUUGGAUACUAUUUAUAAUGAACUUGUUGAUGGUAGUCGACGUAUUUUUUUGCCAAAAUUGAGAAACUGGUUUGUUUCUGCUAUUCGUUCUAAACAUGAUAAAUUAACGCAUGUCAUUCUGCAAGUGCUUACCCGUUUGCCUCUCAACCCUGAAAAGCUUGCUGAGGUUAAGUUCGGCAAGGCUAUUUUACUUGUAGGAAAGAAAUCAACAAACUCUAUCAUAAGACAGUAUGCUGAAAACUUAUCUGGCAUUGCUGAGAAGUCCUUGCUGCUGGAACAACGCAAGGACACGAAAGCUGCUCCCGUAAAACCCGAAACUACGAAAACGGCCGCUUCGGCAACGUCGAGGCCAUCUCACAAAUCGAUCUCUCAAAAGCCACCUGUUACAACAACUAAAAAAGUUACAAGCGUCUCGAAUACCUCUUUCUUCAAAAACUUGAGCUCUGCUGCUAAGCAGUCGGCGGCUUCUGGUUCUAAGGCGCCAAUGGCAUCGAGCGCUAGCGCAAAAUCAUCGACGCCAAACACGCCUCUGUCCGCUAUCAUGGCAGGCCUAAAUCGCGGCAACCAGGACUCUCAGACAGCUUCAUCGACUUCUUCAAGUACUAAGGUCGGAAGUGACCUGAAGUCAUUGACGGAGCAAAUUACCAAAGGUAAGGAAGAACUACCUAGUUUCCGAAAGCGAUCAGCAAAGUCGGAUUCAACUACUGGAAAACCGACCAAGGUUAGUAAAACAACCUCAGAAAGCACCGUUAAGCGGAAAAAGAAGUCUGUCUCUUGGCGUCCUGACAAUGAUCUUGUUCAAGUUAGGAUCAUCGAGUCUCUAGAGGAUGACAAAGAUUUGGCUAAGGGUGUCCAUCAUCACUACGGCAGCGCUCGUGAUCUUGACAGACAUGAAGCUAGGGUUGCGUUCGGCGCCAAGGUAGAGGAUGAUGUUGAAGAGGAGCAGACUUGGUAUGAACCCGUGGUUAUUACUUUUGUUAUUAAAGACGAACUUCAUACACGUGGGUUUAAGACCGGAGCAGAAAAGCUUAAUCCGACACCCGAAAGUCAGUGGGAAACGGAGCGAGAAUCCUCUACAAAGCCGUCUACCACGAGUGAGAAGGUUUUGUCAGAGUCUUUCAUACGCGAAAGUAGCUCUCCUAGCACCCCAGCUGAAAUUCCUUUGCCUGCUGCAAACGAAAAGGAAACACCUCAAAAAGAUACUUCCCGCUCACCGUCUUCUCCUCCUCGUCCAGUGGAAACGAGGAAGGAUGUAAAUAUUCCAUCCCAACAACCUUACAGUGCAGUUUCGGCUCAGCACGUUUCUUCUAUAUUGGCUGCUUUAACCAAUGCAUCGGCUCAGGCCCCUUCUAAUCGGGCUGACGACAAAAAUAACGCAUCUUUUCUUGCCCAAUUAAUGUCAACGGUUAAUAGAUAGAUACCAAUUGUGCCGUCAUUUAAAAAAGUACUACGACCUCCUUUGACUUGCUCGAAGCCGAAACUCAUGUUUGAUUUGUUGAGGUUUUUCAUACGGACUUCGAGUGUGCACACGCGUCCUUGUUUUUUUUGCACUAAGUCAUCUAUGCAAUUUUAGUUAUAAAGGAACCAAUGUUAUGAUUAUGCCUUUGUCUUUUUAAAACCCUUUAGCUUGUUAAAUAAAAUCUUAUUAUGGGACUCA